GUCUAUCUAAUGGUCUACUAAAUAACGAGUCAUUGGUAAAUCAUUGGUAAUCGAUAUAAUACGGGGCUUGUGAUUCAAGUUUUCAACGCCUCGUCAUUAUCUGCCAUUCAAAUCCAAGUUGUGUUGUAUAUAUGUUAAUUCUUAAUUGUUACCUGCUCUUGAACUAUUUGAGCUAUCAUUUCUGUACGUGUUUUCCGCAAAUUAAAUGUAUGGAUUAUUACUAGUUACGUUACUCUUAAAUACGUUUUGAAGUUCAUUUGUAUCGUUCCCUUCAGAGUUCAGAUGCCUUUAUUUUGACACACUGCAUGUAGUACCACCACAGGAACUGUCUUUUUGGUUGUCUGCUCUAGUUAUAAUAAACUGUCAACGUUCUGCUGUUUGUUGUUACUCUGAUUGCUUGAUAGGCGCUGGUAGGCGUUGUUUUAUUUGAACUUUCGUGUGUUGCCCAGCCCUACUGUGUUUCAGAACCUGAAGGCGUUUGCAUUUUUCAGAAUGCAUGUGCGAUGUUAAAGAAGUGACUGACGGAUAAACAACAACCAAGCCGCUUUCGGCCUAUUAGUUACCCAACUGCCAUUGAAUAUUUCCGAGUAUUAGCUAUUAUUUCAACAUAAACUUAGUUUGUAUAAGUUCAUACAGGAAACUGAAUCGAAGAGCAUUUACUUUUUUUUCUGUUGACCCUGUUGUGCUAAAACACUUAUCUUGGUAGUUGGAUCCCAUGCACACAUAAAAAAUUGCAAAAGCACAAAAUGUCCAUGGAAGCAAGAAUCACUAUAUUCUUAAGCCAACUGAUUAGUGUGUUAAUUCUAAAAGAAAUAGUUUGUGAGUGGUCACCAGAAACACUUGAUUUACCCCAUUCCCAUCUCACACGAUUCCUUAACACAUUAACGGAUGAAGCACAAAAGUGCCACAGCAGUAAUAAUUGCAUUUACAAAAAUGUACUAGACACAGGUUUAUGCUGGGGAUAUGAAACAAAUUGUCCCCAGCAUUUAGGCUAUUCAAAUGCACAUUGCCCUGGUGAUCAUAAAGGGUGGGUUAGUUCGAAAAACCAACAACUGCAGACAUUUAUCAACCAAGCAGAUUUUGGGUUUGUUAAACAACAAAUCUUAUCAAAAACAACAAUGUGUGAGCCUACAGCUGAUGGGGAAUCUCUUUUGGAGUGUUCCAGCUACCUCCAAUUCUGUAGCGGUAAAAAUUUGUAUCUGGAUUUUCGGGAUUUACCCGCAAGGAAAGAGUCAUUUAGAUAUAAGAUGGAUGUACUCAAGAAAGGUCAGAUUGGAGGAAAAUGCAAGUUGGAUAAAUCUCGCCUACACUCAGAAGCCACGCAUCAAAGUCCAUUGCAAUCUUGGGCCCCAGAGAUCCAACAUUUUGAAGAACUUUCAGAUAUGGUAAACGAAGAGUCACAAAUCUGUGAUGUCUUCAUAGAUAAGCCAACUUUCAUUAUGAAAAUUGACGCGACUGUUAACAUGUACCACCACUUCUGUGAUUUCUUUAAUUUAUACACCUCGUUGCACGUGAAUGGAACACACAGUAAAAUGUUUUCACGAGACAUCAACAUUCUGAUAUGGGAAACGUACACGUACCAUUCCAAUUUUGGCAUUACGUGGUCAGCGUUCACCCAAAAUCCGCUCAUGAAUCUCAGGACAUUUCAGGGAAAACGCGUUUGCUUCCGCGAAGCUCUGUUCCCACUUUUGCCUCGGAUGAUCUUUGGACUUUAUUACAACACACCAAUCGUCUGGGGUUGUAAAGAAUCUGGAUUAUUUCAUGCAUUUUCGAAAUUCAUUCUGCACCGUUUGAAAAUUCCCAAACGGACGGCCAUUGAUCAGGUUGUAAAACCUAAAAUCAAAAUCUUACUACUCUCACGAAAUACUCAGUAUAGAAGAAUUCUUAACGAGCAAGCGCUCCUUGAUGCUCUAAGAUUGAGUCCCCGCCAAUACUCCGUUAAAAGAGUUGAAUUCACUCAUGAAACAGAUUUUCGCCAUCAAUUGCGGGUGAUCCAGGACACGGAUAUCUUUAUUGGAAUGCAUGGGGCUGGCCUCACCCACUUAUUGUUUCUCCCCGAUUGGGCCGCAGUGUUUGAGCUGUAUAAUUGUGGAGAUGAACACUGUUACGCUGAUCUUGCUCGCCUUCGUGGAAUUCACUAUCAGACCUGGACAAACCACGUUAAGUUGCAGCCACAAGACGAAGGCCAUCAUCCGUCUGACGGUGGACCUCAUGCUAAAUUCACAAAUUAUUCAUUUGACAAGGAAGAAUUUCUUCGCAUUGUCGAUUUAGCCGCCGAUCACGUUGCUAAUCAUCCUGCGUAUCGUCAUAUGCUUAGUCAUCUACGCGAACCAUUGAACAGACGUGAUUUUUAUAAAAUCCUUGGAAUUCAAAAAUCAGCUACUACUAACCAGAUCAAGAAAGCAUACCGUAAAUUGGCCAAAGAACUUCACCCUGACAGAAACCAAGGAGACACAGAAAAGGCCAGUGCCCAGUUCCAAGACCUUGGAGCUGCAUAUGAAACUCUUUCUGACCCUGAAAAGAGAGAACUUUACGACCGUUGUGGUGAAGAGUGUGUUUCAAAGGAAGGUGCUGGUGGAGGUGGAAUGGAUCCAUUUGCUAGCUUCUUUGGAGAUUUUGGUUUUGGGUUUGGUGGUAAUGGGAACCAAGGGCAAAGAGAAGUAGCUAAAGGAGCAGACAUUGUGAUGGAUCUUUUUGUCACACUUGAAGAACUUUAUUCUGGGAACUUUGUUGAGAUAACACAUAAUAAACCUGUUCUAAAACCUGCCAAAGGUACUAGAAAGUGCAACUGUAGGCAAGAAAUGGUAACACGUCAGCUGGGACCAGGGAGGUUCCAAAUGAUGCAACAAGCUGUCUGUGAUGAGUGCCCCAAUGUGAAGCUUGUCAAUGAAGAGAGAGUUCUCGAAGUGGAAAUCGAACAGGGAAUGACGGAUGGUUCAGAGCAGAGAUUCACAGCUGAAGGCGAACCACACACGGAUGGAGAGCCUGGUGACCUUCGCCUGCGAAUUCAGACCUCUCCACACUCUGUUUUUGAACGACGCGGUGAUGACCUAUAUACAAAUGUCACGAUCUCUUUAGCUGAUGCGCUAGCCGGAUUUGAAUUAGAUAUUGAACACCUUGAUGGCCAUAAAGUACAUAUCGUCCGUGACAAAGUGACUUGGCCAGGGGCCCGUAUUCGCAAGAAGGGAGAAGGAAUGCCAAAUUACGAGAACAACAAUCUUUUUGGCAUGCUAUACGUGACAUUUGAUGUACAAUUUCCCAAAGAAGAACUAACAACUGAGACCAAGGAAAAGCUUCGAGAACUGUUGUCUCAAGAUUCAAUCAACAAAGUGUACAAUGGCCUCAGAGGGUUUUAAAGUUCUUCGAUGCUUUUCGUACAUGUAAAUUUUUUAGAAGUAAUUUUUUUUUAUUGAAAACAUGGUUAUGUCCUGCGAUCAAGUA